UCGGCACUAUCUUUGGCACGCUAAUGGCCUUUGCCGCGCUGCCGCUCCGGUCGCUGGGCGGCGACGGUUGGAAGAUUGCUGCUGCACUGAUGGGGCGACACAUAGGGGGGGCCGUGAAUUAUGUAGCAGUGACAGAGGCACUGCAGGCAUCACCGUCGGUGGUGACGGCAGCUCUGGCAGCCGACAACCUGCUGUGCGCGCUCCACUUCACAACCCUUUUCGCCAUCGCUGCUAGCAUACCUGCAGAAGGGGAGGGGGAGACGGAGAGCAGUGGCGCCAGUGAUGCUGCUGCUGCUGCUGACACACAAGCAUCAACCUCACAGCCACCUUUUGAUGUAUCAGCAGCAGCAACCGCCCUCGCCCUCGCGGCCUCCCUCUGCUGGCUCGGCUCCUCUCUAGCAAAGAGACUAGCCUUCGUUGGAGGCACCAUCCCUUGUGUCACGGCGCUCGUGCUGGCCUUUGCUACAGUCACACCACACCUCGCCGCCCCUCUGGUUGUUCCUGGAGAGAAAAUGGCUGCGCUGAUGCUGCAGGUCUUCUUUGCUUCCAUAGGAGCCAACGGCAAUCUCUCUGCCUUCUUCUCCUCAGCGGCUUCUCUUUACCAACACACAUGCUCCAAUCCCCCACCCCCUUUUUCCCCUCACUCCUCCUUCUCAGGAGCCAACGGCAAUCUCUCUGCCAUCCUCUCAUCAGCACCCUCCCUCUUCCUCUUCAUCCUCCUCCAACUCUCCCUCCACCUCCUCUUCACCCUCUCCCUCGGCCGCCUCCUCUCUCUCCCUCUAAAACACCUCCUCAUCUCUUCUAAUGCCAACGUGGGAGGCCCAACCACAGCAGCCGGCAUGGCUGCCUCUAAAGGCUGGCGCUCCCUGACCGUUCCUGCUAUACUGGUGGGGAUAUUCGGCUAUGCCACUGCCACUUUCCUCUCAGUAGCGCUAGGCCAUACUGUCUUAAAGCCCAUGCAUCUGAGAGCACUGCUCUCCUAG